CUAGGGUACGUGCCAAGUUGCAUGAUACGUGAAGUGUGGCCAGUGUUCCUAGUGUUGUCGUUUAUUAUUCUUACCUGGUUACGUGUUUAAACAUAUUUUGGACAUGAGAAGUGUGGCAAAGCUCAAGCGUGGUGUGUGGUAAGAGUAAACCCAGUCGGAACUGUAAUAGGACCACUCGCUCACGUCUUGUAAGCAAACUGCGACAUUUAGCUUUGUAAGCUCAGCUGGGAACGUUAACGUAACGCUAUCUUUGAACCGUACUAAAUACGGUUAGAAGGGUUACUAACUUUAGUUAAUGGCGAGCUGACUGUUGUUAUUGCUGUUUUUUUGACUUGGCUGAGGAUUAGUCUCCACUUGGAAACUAAUAUCUUGAAGUUAUGAACGGGUCCCCAACAGCUCGCUAGGUAACGUUAGAACCGGUCACCUUCCUUUGCAGCUGGGUGUGUAUGACUUCUUUUACCUCCCCGACUUCUGUGACUGGACAAUAAUAACUUAAUCUGACCAGAGGAAUGACAUAUGACCCAGUAUGUCAGCUACCUAACAGCAGAGCCGUUAUUCAACGCGUCUAUUUGGACGUGUCAUUGAGUUCAUGGUUGUGUGUUCACUUAUAAGAAUGACUCGCCGCUCGGUGGUAAAGUUUGUGUGCCUUGGGAAUCGAGCUGUCAGCCUGCUGUGUGGAAACUCCCUUCGCCCCGUUCACACUUCGAUAUGCGUCUCAUCGCAGCAAAAAGCUGGAUUCAAACCGGAAAAAGUAGCAGUUGUUACAAAGACUACGCGAUAUGAGUUUGAACUGCAGCGGUAUCGCUAUGCAGGGCUCUCUGAGGAGGACUUUAAACAGCUGCUUGCUAUGAAGGGCUCCAGCUACAGCGGCCUGCUGGAAAGACACAACAUCCACACUAACAAUGUGGAACACAUUGUGAAGAGCCUGCGGGGAGAAGGCAUUGAGGUACAAGUUGUGAAGAGAGGAGAAUAUGAUGAAGAAGUAGUUCGAUGGGCAGAUGCCAUUAUCUCUGCUGGAGGUGAUGGGACAAUGCUACUUGUUGCCAGUAAGGUUUUAAGCAAGGACAAACCAGUUGUUGGAGUUAAUACAGACCCUGAGAGGUCAGAAGGUCAUCUGUGCCUGCCUGUGCGGUACACUCAUGUCUUCCCAGAGGCACUGGAGAAACUCUGUCGUGGUGAGUUCAGGUGGCUGUGGCGUCAGAGGAUCCGUCUGCACUUAGAGGGCACAGGAAUCAAUCCCACCCCUGUGGACCUGCAUGAGCAGCAGCUGAGCCUGGAGCAGCACAGCCAAGCUCACCGCAUCACCACCUUGGGCCGUCAGCAGAGGACAGGAACACUACACGACAGCGUCUCCAAACCUAGACUCCUCCCGAUCAGAAGCCUGAAUGAAAUCUUCAUCGGAGAAUCUCUGUCCUCCAGGGCUUCCUACUAUGAGAUCUCUGUGGAUGACGGCCCGUGGGAAAAGCAGAAGAGUUCAGGACUCAGCAUUUGUACAGGAACAGGAUCCAAAGCCUGUGUUUUCUCUCUCUUGGUCAGGUCAUAUAACAUCAACAAACUUGUUGAACAAUCUGUGGAGGAGGUUCUAAAAAUUGGGAAGUCUCAAACAGGUCUUGAUAUCCCGCUUAAUCGUGACUUCAUCGAAAAGGUUACGGAUGAAUACAACGAGUCUCUGGUGUUCAGUCCGGAUGAGAGGCGUUUGUUCUACAGCAUCAGGGAGCCCAUCGUCAACAGAGUCUUCUCCAGCAGUCGGCAGAGAGGCUUCGCCAGCAAGGUGUCUGUCCGCUCACGGUGUUGGGACGCCUGCAUGGUGGUCGAUGGCGGGACUUCAUUCGAGUUCAACGACGGCGCCAUCGCUACGCUCAGCAUGAGCGAGGAGGACGAGCUCCGGACCGUCGAUCUUGAAAACUGAGAGGAGUCCAGAGAACACGACACUUGACUGGUGUCUCUCAGGCCAGCUGUUUAAAGGGAUGGGGCUCUUUACCGUUUACCCUCCGCAAGCAUUAAAUAUUUUUAUACCUGGGGAAAAAAAGGUAUUAUUGUUGCUAUUGUUUUAUUGAAUGUGUGCAUUUUCACAAAAUAUUUCCAACUCAGAUUGUUUUUCUUUUGCUUUUCAUUCUCUAUUCCACUAUCCCCAGGUUAGAACAGGUUAUGAUCCUCUGUGUUAUAAUGGCUUUGAUCCAUUUUAGAGAUACUGUGUCAAGCAACAUUUAAAGUACGUUACUAUUGACUGUCUUUCAAUGCAUCACAUCAACAGAGCAUCUCUAAGCAGAGGAAUUGAAUUUGUAUCCAACAAUGUAUUUCAGAUUACAUUUUGUGUUGUGCUUUCACACCUGUGUAGCUUUCAGUUAAUGACCUUUAAUUGAUAAGAAUGAAGUUAUUCUAUUUUUUUUUUUUUUUUUCAUAUUGUCAACAAAUCUCAAUUAGUCAGCCUCUCACUACUUUCUGACCUCCCAAGCUGUCUGUGUCACUCAACCCCAAGUCCUUUGGUUCUUACUGAAGACACAAGUCUUUGAAAACAGCUCACAAAUAUACUAAUAAAAACUCAAUAAUUGACUUACUUUUUUUAAUGAACACUACUCAGGAGUAAAUGGUGCAUUUGUUGGACUGUUUUCAGCGACAGAUUAAUGGCACUUAGUACUCUAGCGAGUAUUUGUAGCAGCGGUGUGUGGGGGAUUGAGUCAAAAUAAACUUGUGUGGGUGUUCCUGGUAAUGAAAGGCUCUGGGUGACGUUGUUUGGCUCUGCACAUGGGAUUUGUAUAGAUUACCAGACUUUCAAAAGUCUAAUUUGUGCUUGUAUAAAGGUUUAUCUAUACGGUUAACUGAAAGCCCAGCGGCUGUCUGUUACGGCUUGUUUGACGACAAAAGAUAUUUUUGGAACAUAGCUUAUAUUUUCUUCUAGCUGCUUUAAGCCAUGUGAGCUUUUUUGAGAAUUAAGUUUGAUUAAGAAAGGAAAAAAAGAUUUAAGUGCACUAAAAACAGCAUGCUUAAAGGGGCAUUUUGCUCAAUGUUUAGGUCAAAGGUAUGUCUUGUAACCUUUCACAAGACCGGAUGUUUAGCUUUAGAAGUGCUCCUGAAGCAGCAGCAUGUGCCUGAGGUGGACAUGCCUAAUAUUUCCACAACCAAAACUACAGGGUGUAUACUAUAUCUGAUAUAAAGUGAAACAAACAAAUGGUUUUUAACCAGCAAAGCCACCUGACACUAAAUGCUUAAACAAUUCUAAAUACGACACAGUUUGAUCAACGUGGUGGUGCAGUCGUAAUGAUUUUAAAUACUGAAGACAAAUCUAGUGGGUCUAUUGUAUGCACUUGUAAUUCCACUUGAUCAGUUAAACAUUGUUGGUGCAACUUAUAUAACCCCUCACUGCCCUUGACUCUAAACCAGGACGGGUUUUUUUUUUUAGGACCAGUUUACAAAAACAAUCAGGAAAUUGUAAUAUGCAGCGUGCCAAAGGCAGCGUUCCUCAUGAGUAUACUGUCAGUGUGUUAGGUUGUGUUUUGUUUUUGAAUCAGAUAAAGUGAAAUG